CGUCGCAGUGGUCCCGUGCGUGUUGUAACUGCUCCAGCGGCUCCUGAAGUCGACUGCUCUGUACCUUACGACUUUGAGACCGCCAACGCCGAACUGGAGGCGGAAUUAGCGAAGAUUAACCUGAACGCUGAAAAUCCAUAUGAACAGGACAAACUCAGCUCUGGAGAUCGAAGCGUGAAUCCGACGAGUGUUGAAACUGGCGCUUUUGGAGGUACUGCUUCGGGAAGUGGUGCAUCAGGAGACUCCUCUUCUGGAACCACAGAUGUUGCCCCGACUACGACAACGGAACCCAUCCAAACUCUCGCCAAUGGGGAAUAUUACGUGCGCGAAAAGUGCUUCUUCGAUCAAAUAAGCCGGUCGGAAGGGGGACCGCGCGGACCGACAGGCGGAGCCCGAGGAGGUGGAAAUGGUGAACGCGGUCGUUUCAACUCCUUUGAUCGCUCGAGACCUAAUCACGGAUUUUCAAUGUCUACGGCGCGGCGGGAGCUUCAACUUAAUAUUGAAACUUUUGGUCAGAUGGCUGCACGCAGAGUCUACAAUCAGCGACGACGACCAAACGGAAAUGUUCCACGCGAUCUCUUGGUCUCAGCCACUGCCUAA